AUGCCGCGGAUCAAGAAAAAGGGCCAGGCCGGUGCGGCAAAAAACUACGUGACUCGAAACCAAGCGAUUCGAAAGUUGCAAAUCAGCCUGCCCGACUUUCGCAAGCUGUGCAUCUGGAAGGGCAUCUACCCGCGCGAGCCUCGCAGCAAGAAGAAGGUGUCCAAGACGUCUACGGCCUCGACCACGUUUUAUUUCGCAAAGGAUAUCCAGUACUUGCUGCAUGAGCCGCUGCUGCAGAGAUUUCGCGAUCAAAAGGUGCUGGAGAAAAAGAUCUCGCGAGCACUUGGUCGUGGCGAUGUUACGGAUGCGAAGCGGCUCGAGGGCAAUGCGACCCGGCCCGAGAAGACAGGAAGGCCUCAGUACACCCUCAACCAUGUGAUCCGCGAGCGCUACCCAACAUUUGUCGAUUCGCUGCGAGAUCUAGACGACUGCCUCUCGAUGCUGUUUCUCUUUGCGAAUCUUCCGUCAACGUCGAGCGUGCCGGCCAAGAUGAUUGCGCAAUGCGAGCGACUGACGCUCGAGUUUCAGCACUACCUCAUCGUUUCCAAGUCCGUCACCAAGUCUUUCCUGUCCAUCAAGGGCAUCUAUUAUCAAGCCAACAUCGAGGGAGAAGAUAUAUUGUGGUUGGUGCCGUACAAGUUCAACCAACGGAUCGUCGGCGAUGUCGACUUCCGGAUCAUGGGAACUUUUGUCGAGUUUUACAUGACUCUGCUCGGCUUCGUCAACUUCCGCCUGUACACGAGCAUCGGCCUCAAAUACCCCCCCAAGUUCGAUGCCGUCAAGGAUGAAAACGCCGCCGAGCUGGGCGCUUUCACGCUUGAAGGCAAGGUCCUUGUGGGCACCGAGGAGGCCAAGCAGCUGGAGGGUGCCCCUCACAAGCCCGAUCCCAAGGUUCAGGCUGCCGUGAACAAGGUGAUCAAGACGAUCAGCAGCGGCGCUGAAGUGGAAGAUGCCGUCGUCAAUGACAACGAGGAGACGAGCGACGCCAUUGACAAAUUCGAGCCGACGGUGGAGGGCGGCGAUGUUUUGCCACAGCCAUCAUCUGGCAGUGGUCCCUCCGCCCUCUUUUCCAAGUACACCAUCUACCUCUCACGCGAGACCCCUCGGCAGCCACUCGAGUUCCUGCUGAAGUCGUUUGGCUGCAAGCGUGUCGGUUGGGACGCCGUCCUCGGCGACGGUGCCUUUACGACGAACGAGUUGGACCCCGCCAUCACACAUCAGAUUGUCGAUCGGCCUCUGAUACAGGCUGCGAUGGAGGACAACGAAGGAGAGGACAACCAGACGUCACAGAAGCUGGCGGCGAACCGACGGGUUCCCGGUCGGAUAUACGUCCAGCCUCAGUGGGUCUGGGACAGCAUCAACGACGAGGAGUUGAAGGAGGUACAUCUGUACGCUCCCGGAGCCUCCCUCCCACCUCACCUAAGUCCAUUUGUCAAGCAGAUUUCGGGUGCUUACGAUCCUACGAUGCCGCUUGAGGAUCAAGAGACCGAGGGCGAGGCUCUUGAAGCCGCAGACGAUGAUGAGGACGAAGCCGCAGAGGGCAUGGAUGUUGCCGGCUCCGAGGAUGAGGACGAGGACGAGGGCGAGGAUGAGGAUGGUGACGACACCGAGAUGCGCGCCGCUGAAGAGGUCGACGAAGAUGAUGAGAGUGAUGUGGAGGAAUCGGAACGGCAAAUGGAGCUGGAAGCUGAGUUGACAGGCGCGCCCGUCAGCAAAGCGGUGAACGUCAAGGCCAAAGCCAAGGAGGCGGCCAAGAAGGCGCUUUCGAAGAAGUCACGCGAGGAAGCCGAAGAGCUGGAGAGGGCCAAGGGAAUGCUGAGUAAAAAGAAGCGAAAGCUCUUUGAACAAAUGCAGUACACGAACAACAAGAAGAGCGCCGCCGACCAGAAGCUGCGCGCGAAGCGGAGGAAGCUGGAGAAGGACAAGGCGAAGGGCAAAGAGUAG